CUCACGACGGACGUGUUUUGUUUCGUGUGUGUAUUUCGGUGUUUAUUUUGACCAAUUUUUUACCAUUUUCUGCCUUUUUUACGUUAUAUUUUGACGCAUUUACUACAAAUUCUCACGAGAAUUUCAUCGAUAAAAUACCUAAACUUUAUUCUACUUGAUCGAGCCAAAUUUAUGACGAUCAAAACUCGCCGCCCAAAAAAAUUUGGAAUUGUUUAUUUUGAUUAAUUUACUCGCUGUCUGGAGUAAAAUUUACUAAAACGAAUUAAAAUAAAUAAAUAAUUAAAUAAAAGUGAACAAAUAAAAACAAAUUUAAAAAAAAAUAAAAUAACCGGCAAAGGAAUUUUAUAUAUCGACACAUCACUUGAUCGUGAAUCGUGUUAAUUCCAUUUCGUUGAAUAUUUAUAUUUUAUGAGUUUAUAAGAAGAGAAAAAAAGUGAAUUGUACUCAUAAUAAUAAUCAAUUGGGUGCGGCUAAAAAAACAUACAAAAAAAUAAGAUUGUUAGUAAUAAACAGCGAUAAAAGUGAACACAAAAGUGGGAGAUAACAAACAAUUAAUUGGAUAAAAAACCAACAUUAUUUAGUUUCCUUUGAACAUAUGAUGCAAACAGAAAAAUGUUGAAGUUUAUUCGUGGAAAAGGACAUCAGCCAACAGCUGAGCGACAAAAGCUCCAAAAGGAGUUGUAUGCAUUCCGGAAGACCGUGCAACAUGGCUUCCCUCACAAACCCUCCGCCAUCGCCUACGAUCCUCAACGUAAACUCAUGGCAAUUGGCACGCAAACGGGCGUCUUGAAAGUUUUCGGACAACCUGGCGUCGAAUUUUACGGGCAACAUACGCCUCCCCAAGGCGGCGGCGUUCAAGAUGUGCUCGUGCAGCAAAUUGAAUGGAUUCCCGACAGUGGGCGCUUAAUAACGCUCACUUCAGCGAAUUUAUUGACAUUAUGGGAGCCAGCAGGAACACUCAUGGUGCCUAUCAAAACGAUCAAAUUCGAUGGGAAACAAAAGAAAAUCUCGUCGUUGUGCUGUUCGUACGUCAAAGAUUACUUGUGGGUCGGCACCGAAGGCGGAAAUAUCUUCCAACUUGACAUCAAAACGUUGGAUCCGCUACCGGAGCCCGUCGUUUGUCACGAUGCCGUCUUGGAUCAAGCCCCGAAGGAGUAUCGACACAACAAUGCAGGCGCCAUCGAACAAAUUAAGCAACUUCCAUCGAAUUUCAAUCAUUUGCUGAUCUCCUACAAUCGUGGUUUAGCGAUUUUAUGGGAUCUGGAAGAGUCGAAGGUGCAUCGUGCUUACGUUUCGCCGGGUCAUGGACAAUCUGUGGGCUUGGAUGUCGAACAUGACGGCGAAAAAUUCACUUGGUAUCACGCAGAUGGCUCUUAUGCGACGUGGGAUGUCGACAACACAGAUCCGCCUGAAGAUCAAAACUACGUCCCGUAUGGCGUUGACCCGUGCAAAGCGAUUGAUCGUCUUGUUCGCGCUUUCCGUGGCGACGAUGAGCUCGUAAUUUUCUCCGGAGGCAUGCCACGAUCCGCCUACGGAGAUCAUCAAUGCGUUUCCGUGCAUUGCAAAGACGGCAGCAAAGUUGCUCUUGAUUUCACGUCGAAAGUAAUUGAUUUCUUUGUUACGCACGACGACGACGAACCGGAUCAGGCGCAAGUUUUGGUCGUUUUGUUGGAAGAAGAACUUGUGGCAUACGAUUUGACGGAUAAGACGUUGCCGCUUGUUGUGCCGCCGUAUUUGCAUUCGUUGCAUGCGUCGGCUGUGACAUGCAAUCACUUGGUUUCGGAUGUCACGCAGGAAAUUUUCGAUAAAAUUCGAAAAGCGGGCGAACAUCAAUACGAAAAUUGCUCGAAAAUUGCUUGGCCUGUUAUGGGAGGAACACUUCCAGAUCGUGAGGAGGACGAAGAAAACUUCCAUGGUUACGAAAUUUUGUUGACGGGACACGAAGAUGGUUCUGUGAAGUUUUGGGAUUGUACAAAAGUCAAUUUGACGCCUUUGUUACAGGUCAAAACUGCGCCAAUUUUCGGUCACGGCGAUCCCGAUUUCGACCAAGAACCGCAAGAAUCGAGCGAACCAAUGGAUGAAGGCGAACCUCCAUUCCGUAAAGCGGGUCAAUUUGAUCCUUACUCCGAUGAUCCUCGUCUCGCCGUGAAAAAAGUUGCUUUCUGCCCCAACACAGGAGUCUUGAUUGUCGCAGGAACCGCUGGAAAUGUCGUUUCAUUCAACUUUGAGGUAGAAUCCAAGUCCGCUGAACCGUUAAAAGUAACAACGAUGAAUUUGGUUAGCGAUCGUGAUGGCUUCAUUUGGAAGGGACACGAUCAAUUGAAGGUUCGCACAAAUCUCUUGCAAGAAUAUACAAAAGUUCAAGAAGGUUUGGAGGUUUUGAGUGUCUUGCAAGUAUUGCCUCCGGCGGCAAUUACGUGUGUUGCUCUCCAAACAAAAUGGAAUUUGGUUGCAGCGGGAACGGCUCAUGGUUUGGUGUUGUUUGACUAUCAACAUGAUACGCCAGUGUUCCAUAAAUGCACUUUGAAUCCGAAUGAUUUAACGGGAGCUGGCGAGACACUUUCUCGAAGAAAAUCCUUCAAAAAGACAUUGCGCGAGUCUUUCAGACGUUUGAGAAAGGGAAGAUCGACCAGAAAUAACCCGAAUGCACAAGCAGCUGCUCCUGCUGAAACUCGCCCAAUGGAACGUCAAAUCGAGGCUCGUCCCGUCGAUGAUGGCAUGGGAAGCAUGGUUCGUUGUCUAACAUUUGCUCACACGUACAUUACGAACACACAAACCCCGAUGGCAAGUUUGUGGUCAGGAACAAACUCGAGUUGCGUAUCUGUCUUUGUGAUCUAUCUCCCACCGAAGAAUGACGAUCCUGCAGCACCGCGACGACCAAUUACGGGUCAAUUGGCGAAGGAAAUUCAGUUGAAGCAUCGAGCUCCUGUCAUUGGAAUCACUUUGUAUGACAACGCUGCUGUUCCAUUAGAUUUCCAACAACCGGGACAAACAUCGGCGCCUCAUAAAGUAUUGAUUGCCUCCGAAGAGCAGUUUAAAGUAUUUUCAUUGCCACAAUUGAAGCCCGUUACGAAGUACAAGUUGACGGCGCAUGAAGGGGCACGUUCUCGCAAGAUCCAAUUCGCCUCAUUCACGUGCAAAGUAACGCCCGAAUUGUUGCAACCAAGUCCCGUGAAGCAAACAGGACCACAUCACGUUCAAUCGCCGCUCGCCACAAAUGCGACUCCCGCUCCUGCCGACGCAAACACAAGCUCCGACUUGAAUACAUCCGCAUCACAAGCCGUCCAUACCGAAAUCGGGCUCAUGUGUCUUACAAAUUUGGGCGAAUGCAUGGUACUUUCCGUGCCCGAAUUGAAACGACAAAUUAAUUCGUCAGCUGUUCGUCGCGAAGAUAUCAACGGAAUUUCGUCACUUUGCUUCACGACACACGGAGAAGCCUUGUACAUGUGCUCGUCUUCGGAAUUACAACGAAUCACAUUGUCAGCAACGAAAAUUGUCUCGGCAGAAGGAUCGGUAGAUUUGGAGCCUCUUAGCGAGGAACAAGCCAAUUCCGAUGAAGAUGAAGACACUUUGGAAGGAGAUAACGAAGAAAAAACUGUCGAUGAACAAAGUACUGUCGAAGUUGUGACUCCCGUUAGUGCAGCAGCUAAUUCUGUUACAAAUAACAAAGAAAAAGAAAUUGGAUACACAAACGGAAUUGAUACAUCUCCGACAAAAGGUCACAACGAUACAAUUGGAGAUAUUUCAACGAUGACAAUCGAUUCAGUUAAAGAUCACUUAAAUUCAACCGUUUCUACAAUUUGUUCCCAAACAACUGAGGAAAUUGUCGGACGCCUUUCUGUAUUGAGUACCAAUACAACAAAUGCCUUGUCUGUCGCCACAUCGAAGGAAAUAAUGGAUAUGAACAUGUCCAACAUCAAGGAUUUAAAAGAGUUUGGUGAUACAAUUGAGACAAACUCAUCAUCGACAGUCGUCAAAUCCGUUAUUACGUCUGUCACCCACACAAAUGGUACAAACGGAGAUGCCGAAACAAUUACAACGACUACCACAACACGUAAAGAAAGUCAGUUCUAAAAAGACAGCGGGAAAAUUCCUCGAACAAUAAAUGUAAUACAUAUACGUAUAACGGCAAAAUUGCAUAACUUCAUGAUUUUUAUGAUUACUUUAAUAUUGAUUGAAUAUUUUUUAUUAUGAUAUAAAUAAAUAUAUAUGAAACAACUACUUACUAAGUAUGAUUAACAUUAUGCCGCAUAUUGGCUCCAGAUUUAGUUUACGAACAUUUCCAUUUUAUUAUCUUUUCUAUGUAGCAAAAAAAAAACAUAAUUUAUAACGAACGAAAGACGUCCAGUUCAAAAGAUUUUUUUCUUAGUAGAAACUUCAUUUCCUUUAAUUGUUAUUAAUUGAUUAUUUUUAUUAUAUUUUUUAAUAAAAUAAGAUUUUAUUAAUAUUAUUAGUUAUUACUAUUAGUAUGAUCAUCAUUAUCUUCAAUCAUCAUCAACAUCUUUGUUGAUGCGGAAGAUUUUAAAAUAUAAGAAGAGAGAAAAGCAAAAUUUAUAGCAUUUUCGAACUAUUAACAUACAUAUUUGAUUAAUUUUAAGGCUUAUUACUUUUUUACAUGUU